UUGCUCUGAACAGGAGAGAAACCUCAGUGGGAUCCAAACAAGGAGGGGUAUCCCUGGGGCCAGCAGCCUUUCAAGGAGGGGGAAGCUGAGGAGACAGUGAAAAGCAUCUCAGUGACAGAAUAAAACCUUAAGGACAAGGAAGACUUGCAGCAUGGAGUUUCUAUUAGUUAGCCUACAGAGAAAUCAGGCUUGCAGUCUGGUUGCCUCUGCUCUCUCAGAGCUCUGCUUUCUUGGAUGCUCCAGGUUUCUCUCUCUUCUUCUGGGACACCAAGAUUGCACAAAGUAUGACAGCAAUCACCUUUUUUCUUUACUUAUCACAUGAAAUACCUGGAUUGAGCCAAAGUUGAUCAAGAAGCUGUAUGAAUUUCUGUUUCCUUAUGUCUCUCUAGUAUCCUGUGGGAUUAGGCAAGAAGCCUCUUCAUAAGUCCCUGGCAUGUUCUCCUUCUGUCUGUGUAUUGUCCUCUGUGGCUGUUUUCCUUCCACCGUCUCUCACCGGCAAGUGAGAGCCCUUCUGUUACAUGACUUCUGGUGUCCUUGUCAGAUGAUGCUUCCCAGUCUGCCUCAUCUGAUGGUCAGGUUCCCUGGCCAAUUGAUCAGUUUAGGUACUUCCCCUCUAGGAACAUACUUUACUCUCAGUGAUAUCGCAGGGGAUUUCAACCUAACUAGGCAUAAUAAGGAUUUUACAGCCUUUCUUCAUUGUCCCUAGGAAUUUCAUUCCAGCAAUUAAAAAAAGACAGGAGACACCUAAGACAGAUAUCACACUCAAAAGUAGAGUUUGUAGUCUCACAAGAUGUAGAAUAUCAGUAUCAAACAGUUUGUGAUUGGCAGAUUUUGCAAAUAAUCACACACCUCACUGAUACCAUAUUAAUGAUACUGAAGCAUUAACUUGUCUGCAGUUGAAAGUGCCAUAUUAUUUUUAAUACCCUGGCAUCAUGGACCUCUAUCUGCACUUGUAUCCAGUUGAGAGUCCCCUGAGCCAACUAAUGCCUGCUGCUAGAGAUACCAUCUAAAUAUCUUAGAUUAUAUUUACUAUGUAGUGCAUUAAGCAAUCCUGAAUCACUCUCAGGGGAGUCUUCCAAUUUUCUGUGUGCACAGUUUCUCUCUUCAGCAACUCCUGGGCCACAGCCUGCUGUUCUUACUCAGAGAAAACUCUGAUCUGAAACCCCUGAAUAUCUUGCCCAAAUAAGAACUCCAAGAUGUAGCUUUGUGUCACUAUUUUUCAGAUAAUCAUCUGUUCCACAUUGGGAUUUAGAACUGACUGUGUUUUCCAUCGGACUGUAUGGCAGCAACUUUUUGCUCUGUUAUUUGCAGAUAUAUCUAUGUGUGGUUUCUCAUGUUGUCUGAGUAAAGUACUGCUUGGUAUUCUCACCAGCAUGGAGCAGGGUAGGAACGGAGAGGAGACUGAGGGAUGUUCAGGAAUCUUCCAGGUAGGAAGAAGGAAGGAAAAAGAGCCUGAGGUGCUAAUGCUGAGUCCUCGUUUUUAGUUAUUUUAAGGUCGGCAGGAGUCCAGCAUGCGUUAAAACAUCCUGGCAAAAGUGCUACGUGAUUUACUGAGAAAAGGAAAUGGAGGUCUUGCAGUCCUUCACUGAAUUAACUACCUGCCAGCUAGAUCUCGAGCUAGCUAAGACCGUGCUGUCUUGUGUUAGCAGAAAUACUUCACACCCACCACUUCUGCUUCAUGGCUCUGCAAGCUUUGGUCAUAGGAACUUGUCAGUGUGUCUUAUUUGUGUAUGUGUUUAGGUACACACUUUGCAGAAGGUAUAUGCUGUGCACUCUGGACAGGGGACAGUGGCAAAAGGAAGUGAGGAGCUUAAAACUCUGUUUUAAUGUACUGCUACUUGCUUGCUUUGUUGUUACUGUUUACUAGGUGUCUGCUUAUGGCUUCUGGGUUUGGGGCUUUUUUUGGUGGGGGAGUUUGAUCCACCAUUUCUGAAGUUAAAACAUCAGUUUCAUGGGUGGAGCAAGCUCCUAGUGUAUCGCACAAUCCUAUUUAAUAUGAAGUGUUCACACUGAGGAUAUAUUGGGAAUUACACCAAUAAAAAUAGAUGCCACACCUGAUCGCAGCCUUAGGUGCUGUUGGAGGCAGGGUGUUGGGCUUGAAGGACUUCUGGUGUGUCUGACUUGGUUCUGCUCCUCCUAUGGAAUUAUAUAAUCCAGCAGUGAUCUGGUAAAUGGGGCAGAAAUUACAAUAGGCAUCGGCUAUGUUUAAAGGUGCAGGACAACCUGCUUGCUCUGGGCAAAUGCAGAAAUGAUGGGUGGAAUAAGGGAAGGGAGAGAGCAUGUCUCUAUUUUUUUUUCUUAGAAGAUUUAAGCACAUUUGUUAAAUUUCAUCGAGAUGUACAUCUAAACUACUCGGAUUGCUUUGAGAAUUUCAAACCAUCCUCCAUUUCCAUUUCACUCUCCUUUUAAAGCCUUGAUUCUCUUUGGAGGUUCAUGUACAUGUGCCAUUCACUGCAAUCUCUGGCAUAAUAUAAUACAUGUAAGGAAAUGGAUCUCAUGCCUGUGGAAGCUUCGAGUCCUUUGUCUGGAUUUAUUUCUCUUUUAUCAGUCUGGACAAAGAAGUGUGGAGACAAGGGAGAGAGCACUUCAGACUUUUGCUCUAAAAAAAGGUAGACCAGCAGUGUCUGGGGAUUUUGAAUUGGUAUGCAAGAAGAAUGACUAGGCAUUUUGUUUAAUAUAAAAUAAAAAAGCACAGCUAUUCUUGUAUGCUAUUUUCCAGACUUCAGUAAUGCUGAUCUGCACAGCAGUUAUUAUCCUGUGACAUUUGGGAAAGUUACGGAACAGCAGAGGAAAAAAAAAGAACUGAUUCAUAAAACAGAUAUUCUGUAAAAUGCCCUUGGCUUUUAGAAAAACUCUUUGAAAAUGUCAUCCAGAAACAAUUUAGCGAUACUUUGGAAAGCUCCUCAUCACUACUUUUUUGUUUGUUUGUUUUGGCUGUAUCUGUAGAAUAUCAUUAGCAAGCAAUUGGAUCUCCCGUGUAAAGGAAGACAGGGAGAGCAACAGGCCCAAGCCACGUAGCACGACCCUGGGAGCCCUCACUCCAAACGCAGGAGAGUCUAAUCUUGGUGCUACUGCAGGCUCAGUGCGGGUGGACCUGUGCUGCUUGACGCAGGGCUGGCUCAUGUCACCAGCCACAACAGUCCAGAAAAAUCAGAAGGACUGAGCAACUUUGGGUCCAUUGGUGCCUGCCUGCAGAGACUAUGUCACUCACCCGCUCUUCCCUUUGCUUUAGCUUGGGGCCAGCACCCUCUGCUCCUGAGGAGGGGGCAUGGAAUGGGGGGGCACCAUUAGCACAUACCCUUAAAGUUUUUGGUGGCAUGAGUCAUCUUACUGCAUUAUCCUCUCCAGUCUGGUCCUCCGUGCGGUCUUGUGCUUUUGGCAGUCCUGCUUGAGGUCAGCUGCUGCUCGGAUGCAUAGCCAGAGCAUGGCCAUUUUUCUUCUCUCCUUCUCUCUCUCUCCAAGGAAUAAAAGUGUUUUGGAGCCUGUGGGCUAGGCAGGGAGCGAAAGACAGAUGUGAUUUAUAAGCUUAGCUGCCUGCUUUUUCCUACCUUGCUGAGAGGCAGUAGGCAGGUGUUUCUCCUCGUGCCUCACACUAUACUUAAACGGACACUUAAUCUAGCCUUGCUAUGGAUCAUGGCCAUGAGGAGUAGUUUUCCUCCCCUUCUUUAGCCAUUCAUUCAUCUUUACUGGUAGCAGCAUGGUGAACCUGAUGAGGGAAUUCAUCUGGCUGAAAAUAACUUUUUAUUUUCUUUUGAAAUGCAAAGGAUUAUUUUCAGCCAGGUAUCUCCCUGUCAAGUUGACCACAAGCUGCACAGACACUAAUACUGUUAGGGAAGGGGUGUUCUCACCUUCCCUUCUAACAUCUCAUUCAUCACAGCCUUUGGUAUUUGCUAAAUUCAAGAAACUGUGUAAAAUAGUUUAAGCUAUUUCACUGCGAAAUGAAGAGAGAACAGAAGUGUUUCUCUGUUUCAGCAGAGUAUGGUGAGGACGAAUAUAUGAAAGAUUGUGUGGAGUCAUUUUGGUAUUUAAAAUAGAUCCAAAGCUGGCAUACCUGUCUAGGGAGCCUUACUGUUUGGCCCUCUCCCACCACAAGAUCUGAAUUAAAUAUGUGUCUUAUGUAGGUUUUGACACAUGUCUGUAGAGAGUCUGGAGCAGCGUGUCCUUUUUUGGACCUUUGUGUUCUGCCAUAAUGUGAUUGAUGGUAACAGACAGAUCCGUUCCAAACAGCUGGAUGUAUCUGAUACCCCUUUUUUCAUGCAUACAAUCUGCCAGCAGACAACCCCUUUAAAAAUACUAGGGGUUGGAAAUGCGGUGUGUGGGGGGCAGGGUUCUGGGGUGAAAGGAGCAGGCAAAGGAGGAUCUGUGGCUGGGGAGCUCUCUUCCAAGAUGGAUCUCUGGCGUAAACUUUCGCUUGUCUCUUCCCCACCAUGGGUAACCCCCAGUGCUUAUAAAACACAGGUUGGUUUUUGUUUCUGCACAUAACCCCUGCACGAUAUGGGUGAAGAUACGGUGCCAGUGCUUCUUAUAUGUUCUACAUUAUAUGACUAUAAAAAUAAAAAUUGAUGCUCCUCACUGCUUCCAGUCUACAUUUUUUCCCCUCAUGUCUGCUGAGCAGUCAUAAAAAGGUUACUUGUGCUGUAGCAGGGAUUUAAGAUCAAGGAUUUUAUUAGCUUGCUGGAAGGCUCUUCCUGCCUCUCUGCAUGCAAACAGGGUAAUUUCUCUUCUGUUGGCAGCAGGAUCAAACCCUGAAAACCAGCGGAAAAACUUUCUUUGACCUAAAUGGUACAAGACCAAGCUUUGAGACUCCUGUUUUGUGUGUCAGAGACUAAUGCUGUCAUGGGAAGCGUAAGCAGCAGUAGCUUUCCUGCAUAGUAACAGAAGACUCUGCUUCUAAAAAUUCCUCGCCAGAGUGUUUUUGCAGAGCCGCCUCCCCUGGGUUUUCCAUCUGUUUUCACACGGAGAUUAAUAAAAAAUUGUUUGGCUAAUAAAUUGCUCCCUGCUGUCUCUGAAAUUUGACCAUUUCUUUUCUUUCCCUCCCAUGGACAAUUAUUAGAUUCCUGUCUGCCCCUGUGCUCCCAUGUGGGAGACAGUCAUCACUGAUAUUAGAUGCACAGCUAUUGCCAUGUUUCAUCUUCACAGCAAGGCUUUUAAGGAGUGGAGAUCUCACUGCACGCAUGGAAAGAGUUGCUGCUAUAAACAACUGUGUGGAGCAGGGCUGCCAGAGCUCUCCAGGCUCUCUCAGCAGUAUGCUGAGGACUGGCCUCAUUCUUACAGGACAUUAAGAAAAAGGAGAGAGAAAGAAUAAGCUUUGUUCAUGCUACUGUGAUUUCUGUAAGAGUCCCUUUUUUGUUCACAACUACUGAGAAAAUAUUCCCAGCAAAAAUCAGACUGGGAUGUGAACCUGUUUCAUUCACCAAUGUCCAUGAGCAGUUUGGUCAACAGGUAAAGGACAUAGGGCUGAGGGUGGUGUUUCUAAGGUCUUGUGUCCAGAAGGGUUGCAGAGGGUAUCCUGGCUGCUCUGUUGAUGAGACCAACAUCUGGGAAGAGAAUAAAUUCACACUUCAUCUACCACAGGGGCACAGUUCACCUCUUUGUGGUCUGGAGUGAAAACAGGUUUAUGAUCAGGAGGGACCUUUGUGAUCUUCUAAUCCUACCACCCAUCUAAUACAAGUUAGAGGACUUUUCUACAUUAACACCUCUUCCAGCCCACUACCUCUGACUGAACUUUUAGAAAGAUACCUAGUCUGGAUUCAGAAGUUUCCAGUGAUGGGAUAAUUCUCCACAGCUCCCAGUGUGAUGUAUAUCAAAGGAUACCUACCCCAUUUGUUGAAAUGCCUACCUGGUAUCUACCCUGUAUUUGUAUUCUUCAGCUUUUUAUCUUAUUGCAUCCUUCUCUCCUGGAUUAGAAGAUCUUUUUCACCAUAUUUUUGUUCCUCAUGUAGACUGACAUCAGAUUUUACCUCCUUACCUCUCAAAGAGAAUAAUCUGGGCUCCAGCCUUUCCUUAUCCAAAGAGCUAAGAUUCAUCAACAGGAACAAUGGUUCUCAGGGUCUUGGCCCACAUUGCCCACUCCCUUCCCUCUCUUGGUGGUAGGGACAGCUCAGUUGCUACAGAAGAAAUUGAGAUGACAGCCCACCUACAGAUGGUAAUUUGCAGUGGCGGUAGCUGCUACAGUAGAGGUGAGAAUGUCAGACAUAGCAAGGUAACUCGGGAAUCACAGACAUCAUCUGGUCAUUAAUCUGCAUUGUGCCUUACCUGUGAGCAUGAGAGCUGGACACAGAUUUCCAGUAGCAAUCCUAUCUGUGCCAAAUUCAGAAAUAACAACACCUCGCUCCUGCUCCAAUAGUCACUGUUCACUUAGUCCUUUACUCUUUGGCAUCACACUGAGAACUGACAUUAGCUUAUUAUCCCUUGUGGCCCUUGAGCUCUCAUUGUGCCAUGGGGAGGCAGGUUGCACUGGCCAUUUUGCUUUCAUUUGCAUGUGAAUUUACCCAACGUCACAGCUGGAUAAACUUCAAAAAAAGCCCAACCACAAAGCCUCUAGCUUUGGAUUAUUUUUUAAAUGUUAUUGGAAGUUGCUGUUUAGUUUAGCCAGAUUUAUCUGUCCCCUUUUCAAGGCAGUAGGGACUAAGCGUGGGAUUAUAGCCAGGAACCUCUGGAAUCUGAUCCCAGUUGAACAUCCAUGUGUCCAAAUUUAUAGUAGAUCAUCCUAGCAGUGAUGCUUUUGGCUUCUCAAUGACUUUGGGCCUGCCUUAUUUUCACCACGUCUGGGAAAGGACAGACUCUCACUGCUAUCUCAGAGGCUCAUUAGGCUCAGUCAGGUGAUAUUAGGAUUUUCUUAGAGGUAAAGCAUGAAAGAUUACUGCUGAUCCUCAAAGAAAAAUGCUAGAGCCUCUUUGUACCUCCCAGACAAGUUUAUUAAAAAAAGUGAAAUUAUUUCAUAGACAUUUGCCCCACAAAGGCAUUUUUAAAAACACUAAAUGAAAAACUGAGGUAAAUGGAUCUCGGAGUCCUGCCAAUGUUAGUAUUUAAGAGCCAGAGUUUGCAGUCUUUGAAGUCAAUGGGGGGUUUGCUUUGGAGCUAAAAGGGGGAAGUUGAAAGCUAAGCAUUAUAUUUCACAGUGAAGUUUCUUGCAUAUCCCAUUCCUCUUUUAUAUUAUGGUAAGUGGAAAACUAGCUAUCUGUAUGCUACUUCCAGAUGUAAAGGCCACAUUCCUCAGGCAGACAAGGUGCAACAGUCGUAGCAAGGGAUUGCUUCUUCUUAGCUGAUCUAUGUUUCCUGUUUUUUUUUUUUAAUGUGAGGCAUAUUUCUCACAGAGACCCAAAGGGGACAAAAAUUCCUGUAUUGUUUUUGCUCCAUUCUUUUGGAGGGUUGGAAUUUGGGAUGGGAGAAGAAUAUGAAGGCAGUGAUCUUGAACAACCCACAAAUUAAACCACAGUGAUAUACCAGUCUAGGACACUAAUCAUAAUUAUGCCUCUUUUUUCUUGCUUCUAUUGAUCAACAGUAAAAUAGUUAAACUAAGUUGCUUCUAAGUAGUUCUAAGUACAGCAUUUGACAUUGCAGUGAGAAGACUGAGUAGUCAGUUUAGUAUUUUGUGGAGCAGUUUUCCAGUAUGUCUGCAAAUUCAGGCAUACAUUUUUUGCAUGGCAGGUGUAAACUCAGGGGGCAAUCUAAACAAUCUGUUCUCAGCUAUGUUGCAGAGCUGGCCAAGAUAUUCCCAUGACCAGUGAUUUGGAAGUAGUCUAACUUUUGGGAUAUGCUGUAGCUUGUUUUUUAAAUUUUAUUACAUCUGUCUUUUAAUCACCAGUGAAGAUUUGUCUUCUGUAAUGCAAAAAUGUCUUCUAUAAUGCAAAAAAUGAUCUAAAUUGUUGAGUUCUUUUUUCUUUAAAGCCACACAGAGGCAGCUGGCCACAGUCUUAGGUGUUAAAGUGAUGAAAUUAAUAGUUUUGGAGGGGGGGCAUAUAAAUAGUUGAUCUAAAGUUCUACCACAAAUUUCAAAGCAAACCAGCAAAACCUUGUAUCUGGGGGAAAAGCAGGACCACAGUGCCAAAUCUAAAAAUGCUCAAAUUUUUUUCCAGCAUCUGUUCAAGUAAAACAAUGCCACCAGCAUUUCUUGGGCUAUAAAUUAUGACAACAGUGUUUCUUAAUUUCCUUUGAAAGACAUGACUCAGACAUUAGGUAGGAACUUAAUUUUUGGUCAUGAGUUCUUUUGAAUAUGUAAAUGUUCAACAGAGCUCUUCAGAGUUGUUAAAAUGUUGGUCAAUUUAUUCAUAUUUAUACCUAAAUAUUUCAUGAAUACUUGGCAGACUCAACUCUUUAAAUGUUGCGAAAUCUGAGAACCGUUACCAUUGCAUGUUCCAGGUUGGUGGAGCAGGGCUUGUCUACCUCAAUGCACGUUCAAUCAGAUCUUUUUUACUUAGGGAACAUUCCCACAGAUACCAGUGUCACUUACUAGUAGUUUUGCUUGAAUGAAGAGUAAAAACUGAGCCGUUAAAUUUGUUUUACAGAUUUGUAAAGAUUUGGUUUCUUUUUUCCUGCAAAGUCAAGUGAUUUUGCUGUGAUUUCAAAUUUCCUCCACAGUAAAGUCAUCUUGGUAGUAAUUUCAGCUUUAAGGUCUGCAUAAUGCUAAUUUGGAGGGGUUUGAAAUGUCAUUCAUUUUGGCAUCAUUUGAUUACUAUUUGUAAUAUCCUUGUGAUGGACAGUAAAUCAGAACACAAAAUUAGAAAGGCCGGCACCAACAUAGCUAUUGUAAUGCCAUAUGAACACAGUGUUUCUGCUGCAAUUGUCUCUAAUCUAGGCCAGUCCCUUAAUUAGUCAACUUAAUUUUCAUCUGUGGUUUCAUUUUCUUUAUUCUUAUGUGUUCAGGCCAAACCUAUUGUCUUCUCUUUGCUUCCAGCAUUGCAGAGGAAUGUUAAAAUUAACCAAUAAGCCGUGCUUGUUUAAUCUCUUUUUCUAAAUAUUAAUAUUCCUUCCUCUUAGAGUGGCUUUUGUUUCUUAUAUUUAAAAUUGAAAUUUAGGAAUCAGGGUUAGCUGAUAUUAAAAAACAUGUAUCCAUGUAUUAAAAUUGAUGUACAAGACAGUAAUAAAGAUCUUACAUGACAUUUAAACCAGAUGGAAGUAACCCUUUACUGGAAAGUUCCAGCAAUUUUUUCUAUUUGGUAUGAAACAGACACUGUCUUUUUCAGCCUUCGCUCUCAUUUUAGGCUGGGAAUGGAGUGCAUAGUUUGGACACCAGCAGUGGGGCAUCUUCAUGAAAUAAAGCAUCCCUGGAACCAUUAGAUAUCAAUGAUUUCUAAGUACAGGUGCUGGUAGAUUAGAAACGUGCCAAAAAAUGCCAAGUGAGAUGCUUGAGAGCAACAGUGGGAUGGAGGAGACACUGCAGAAAGAGAGCAAGCCUGGAACCCACAGCCCACACCGUGGCUCCGUGAGGAGGGCUGUGGCAACGACUGUCACCUUUGAUGGAGAAGCCACUAUGGACCGGAGGAAAAAGAAGAAGAAAGAGUCCCGUCCCGAGUCAAUAAUAGUAUAUCGGUCGGAGAAUGAGAAUAAGGUGGAAGAAGAGCAGGCAGAUGAAGAAGGAGGGGAAAGGAGCUCCGAGGAAGGCUCCAAGUUCCUGGGUCAUUCCAUGGCGGAUGGUGUCUGGAGUAUGCCUUUAGACAGCCGAUAUGUCACCUUGACUGGAACAAUCACCAGGGGUAAGAAGAAGGGUCAGAUGGUGGACAUCCAUGUAACACUAACUGAUAAAGAGCUACAGGAACUGGCUAAGUCAAAGGAACCUCCUAAAGAGGACGUACCUGAAAAGAAAAAGACAUGUGAUGUUGGGCUGGACAGAGGUCCCCACAUCAUCCUCUGGACCAUUGUCUGCCUCCCCAUCAUUUUUGUAGUGUCCUUUGUGGUUUCAUUCUACUAUGGAACCAUUACAUGGUACAACAUCUUCUUGGUGUACAAUGAAGAGAGGACCUUCUGGCACAAAAUCACCUUUUGCCCCUUUUUGAUCAUCUUCUAUCCAAUUAUAAUCAUGGUUGUGUCUUUUUCCCUAGGCCUGUACUCAGCUGUGACCCAGGUAACAUGGUCCUUUGGGGACUGGUGGCAUGCUGUCAUGGAUAUGGAGAAGGGCUUCUGUGGCUGGCUCUGCAGCAAGCUAGGUUUGGAAGAUUGUUCUCCAUACAGCAUUGUUGAGCUGCUAGAUUCUGACAAUAUCUCAGGUAGUCUGUCUGGCAAGAGCUCUGCGCAGGGGGUUGAGACUUCAGCAGUCUGAGCCUUUGUCAUGGCUGACUCUUUUGGUCAUAAGCAAGUGGUUUUCACCUAGAAAAUAACUGAUUUUUUAUAUAUAAAUAUAUUUAAACAAAAACAUAAAAAAUAAAAUAUUGGGCCCAGAGCGCUCUUUAAAUGUCACAGAAUGCAAGUGUGCUAGCUGUUUGUGGUCUGGGUGGGGAGGUGCAUGGCUCUCCAAUGACUUGUCAUCUGUUUUAGCUAAUUACAACUUUGUAGAAUAGUGAGAAAAUUCAGGUCCAUGGGGCUGGGGCUGUAUGUGGAAUGGCAAGGAUAUAUGCUGAAAAGCCUGCUUCUGUAAAGUUACUCUUAGGAAAUAGAAGAUAACAGUGAACUGUAGACCCAGUGAAAAUAAGUCUCUACUCAGGAGAUGAAUUUUAGGAGACAGGAACUCAUUCAGAGGUGUAGGCUAAGUUGCAAUGUUUGUGAUAUUCCUGCAGUUUUCCUAGAAGGGGUUACAGAUGGCAAAAGUUUUUAAGCCAUUCAGACAAAUGAACAAACCUUCCAGGUAGGCUGACUGCUGAAACAGUGUCAGAGUUUGAAAGAUAGACCACUACAGUACUUGUACCCAGGCUUUCAGUGGGAGAAGACUGUACAGCUCCUGAUAAAUGCACAUGACACAUACACUGACCUGAAACUCAUCCAUCACAUGAUCAAAGUUUAGGGCUUGCUUUGUAAUGCAAUGCAUGGGAAUCUGAUCGUGUGGCAGACCUGUCACCAAGAACCUCAGGUUAUAGCAGGUGCACAUAUAUGUGAUUAGGAUGUACCUACAUCUGAUCUCUUGGUAAGUGCACUCCUAGGAAGGAAUGGGCUUCAGGAGUCUUCAGCAAGAGGACAACCAAGAGCCUGCAGUCAGAACAGUUGCAAUAUAAGUCAGAAACUUCUACGUGAGGAGGGAUGGUCAAUUUGAAUGUCACUGCCAUUUAUGUGUGGACUGGUGGCACGUGUAUUUGGGGUUGUAGAUUUGACAGUGCUUGGGACUGGAAAGUCUCACUGAAAUGGUCGUUUUUCAAGUUGACCUUACGGAAGAAAUGCUGAAUCGCCCUUUCAGAAUGGGGAAGUCCCUGAGCCCACAUCUGUUACUGCAAGUGCAAACUGCAUUAGUGUCUCGGCUCUGGAAAUCUCCCUUCCCUCAUUUCCUGGUUAAUUAUAUGGAAGAGCAAUGGAUUAUAUCUCCUCCACUCAUGUCUUAUUUUCAUAAUUGGUUUUCCAAUUUUGGAACUUUGCAUGGCACCUUAGCAGGCUCCCCAGCCAGGCUGAGGUGGCCCCCAUAGGCUGGAAAAAUUUUAGUUGUCUAUUUAAAAAAUCAUAGCAGAAAAGUUCUUUUUCUGGAUUGGCAUUUGACUGUUGGGUUUGGGGCCUAAGGAGGGCACAUGAGGAAAUUCAGAGAGAUGUAUAAUGGUUUGUAAUGGGGACUGAGUUACAAAUGUCUGAAACAUCAAUAAUUUUCUGAGUGCUCUAGUUCAGCUGGUGCUGCUAGAGAGUCUGGCUCUGCCCCCAACCCAGAAGGACCCACCAUUUGCAUGCGUGUAGGUAGAUAAUUCAUAGUGUGCAGUCAGUAUAGCCUGCACAGUCGUUCCUGUCUAUAUAGGUGUUUCACUUCCCCAAUCUCGCUACCAGAGGGGGAGCUGCCCUAGAUUUAGGAUGUCAAAAAGAAACAUGCAGAAACUGGAUUUCACAAGAACUCAAGCUUUGUGUUGCAUUUCAAGGAUGAUCUCAAGGUUACACUAACUGGCUGUCCAGAUGUCCCAGGAUGUUUGGGAACCUGUGAUGUAUAAAUAAGUUUGUCCAAUGCUCUAGGUCUGAUGUUGAGAAAUAAGUAAGGUCCUUGCUGCAUGCGUGGUCUGUUCUGUUCUGGGAGAUCCAGCCAAAGCUGCCUCUUAGCACUGGUUUGAGAACUGACAGUGUGAACAGUGUGCAGAUUGAAUAUCAAGAGCAGGCUUUGUCUCACACUUUAUUGACAAUGCAGAUGUGCCCCUGGGCACAGGUACAGCCAGGCUGUGUUUCAUGUGGCAUUCAAAGGUGACAUGUGCCACCGAAACCAAUUAAAGCAAAGAAAUGCCUUUCACAAGGCUGUUUCAAUCAGGGAGUUUGGUUUGCCUCUGAAUAAAUAGAGAAGCUGAAGAUAAGUAAUCCCCUUUCUGGCAGUCUAUACUGACCCAGUGCAGCAACUCUGCUUAAUGUCCUCCCCAGGGGAACAGUAGGUGCCCACAAGGCUGGAGAGUGGGAAGAAGUGAUGUUUAACAAAGCUCUGGGAAGGAAGGCCCAUUGGCAAGUCUUCCCACUCUUUGUCUAAAGGGAUGCAGCAGGCGUGAAAGGAGGGGAUUGUGUACCUUGGACCCAACACAUGGCAAACAAGUGGGUUUGGGGGAAGGAUGGCUGGCAAGAGUGCAUUAUUGCAGAGGGAGAAGAGCCCAAUUCAGCUGUCAUUGCCAAGCAGCAGCUGACCAAGGCUAGAAGAAAGACCGGAAUCAGUAGCACAAAGAACCUUCAGCUUACAGAGGGCUCGAAUGACAAAUACUAGCUAUUUACAGAAUACAGCCAUGUGAAAUGUCUGCUGAGCUGCAGGAUUUGCUGUCAGGAUUGCAAACAGCCUGCUACAGCAGAGACAAAACCAAAUCUGUGCCUCUUACUGCUAUGUAAACACAAAGUCAGAGAAGUAUUACUCUCCCUCUGCCAUGGCAGCUAUGCUUCUGGGUAUACUGAAACUGCUUGGAGGCUACCUUUUGGGGGAUAUACUGGAACAAUCCAUCAUGUGUUUUUUACUUCUCUACACUUAACCAAGCUUGCCUCUGUUCCUGCUGAAGUCAGGAUGCUCUGCCACUGAUUUUGGUGGGGGCAGAUUUGAGCUUGGGGUUAGUUCUGGUGCUAUUUGUAAAAAAUUUAUUCAAACUUUUCUCAAAGCAACUCUGGAUAGCUUCCUCUCUUGCCUGUUGUUCCCCACAGCUGUUUGCCUGCUGCAAGAUAUAUAAUCAUAAUCACUUGCUGUAAUGGGAAAAAGCACAAGUUUUUGUCUUGUUCUACCCUUGCUUUCAGAAAUUCACAAAUACUUUCUGCAUAUGUGCCACUGUCAAAUUGCAGGGAAUUCUAGUAAUUCUGAUUGUUGAGUGUGUUUCUGGCUGCUCUAGUCUGGAUGUUUUUUUAAAGUAAAGAUAGUGUGUGUUUGCCAAUUGUUAUUUUUAAUUGCAUUCCCUCUUCCCAUCCUUGCUGGCCUGGGUGGAAAAUAAAGAUGUAUCUGGCUUUAGAAGAUCA